AUGCAGGUAGUCCAUUCUUGGGAGCUGAUCCAAAAAGCGGGACAACCACACUCGACAAUCCGCGUCAGAAACUUGCAGACGUCGCUUGUGAUCGGUAGAGACGCAUGGGGAAGGGAAGGGAAGGCUCAACCUGUUUUGAUAUCUGCUUCUGUUUCUCUUCGAGAACCUUUCCAAUCAGCCUCAAAUGAAGACGCCGUCACGGGAAGUACGGUCCACUACGGAAUUCUAAGUAAAAGAAUAUUGGACUCUUGCAAGCGUUUCUCGAAGAUCGAACAUGGGAGGACCCCGAUAAUUUUGUCCGAACUUGCUCAAAAGAUCGAACAUGGACUCACCCGUGAGCAAGUUGCUAGCAGCGGCCUCACGCCAGCUCCUGCACUUCUUCCUUCCUCGAUCGUGAAGCUCUUGGAAAUCAAAAUCAUGUUACCUAAAGCAUCGCUCUUAGGCGAAGGCGUUAGUUUAACGGAUUUAUCAUUGUACGCUCACUCUGAAGAAGACCGCGGGUCUGCUGAGAAAGCUUAUGUCUUGACCCUCCACGACCUCAAGAUCCCCACCUUGAUUGGUGUCAACCUGAACGAGCGGCUCUCCAAGCAGCUUGUUGUGGCAACUAUCAAAAUAGAUGGCUUCUAUCCUAAUAAAUCUAACUUUUAUCAUGUGCUGGAAGAGAUUGUGGUCAAGACGAUCGAAGAGUCUUCUUUCCAGACCUUGGAGGCUCUUGCUAUGCAUGUUGGCGAGAGGAUUAUGAAGUACUUCAUCUUUCCAAUCGUCACACCCGGCAUAGAUCCUCGGAUCACCAUCUCUCUCGAGAAGCCUACAGCUGUCACUUUUGCGGAUGCACCUGUAGUCGAAAUAACACUUGAAACGAAUCCGGGUCUGAAUCCAACGAUAGAGCCAAUGCGGCGCAAUGCAAUCAAUACACCACAUCCUCUCUUCCCACUGAAAGGACGGUUGGAUGAAUGGAUUGCAUCAAAUGAUGUUAUUAUAGAAAGUCCUACAGGGCUUGGACCGUAG